CUUCUGGUCCAAAGCAUGGUUUAGGAUUUAGAUAAUCUUGAUUAUUAUUAUAAGGGUUCAGGUUGAAGCAUUGUUCCCAAUAUUAUUACAAUAUUAUCGAUUUUGUUCCCACCACAGCACAGUUACGCUCUGCGAAUCGGCUCGACUGAAUCACUAAAAAAGAAUAGGCUCAAAAGAACCAUUCGUUCGCGAAUCGAACGCCACUACGGAGCAAUCGAACCCCUCCCAGUUACUCCCGUGGCUCUUGCCACUAACAUCAGACAACAAUCUCCAAAUAUGUGCGAGCUCACAUGAAAUAACAACCGAGAGAGUCACAUCAUAUGUCUGAAUGAUUCCCCGAGGAUGUGAGAGUCACGGAUGCGGCGAUCGAUGAGUGUUUCUGUCGCAGGCUCAAACAGACGAUGAGAGUUGACGAGACCCACGGAUCUUGGUGACGACGCGGUCCCGCUAUGGGGCUCCCGUGAACGGCCCUGGCGUCGAGUAUGUUGACUGCCUGUCAGCAUGACGCCGUUGGACCUGUGGCUUUCGCGCUCCAUCCCCAUGUGUCUGCUGCUGCAGAGCCUGGUGCUCAUGGUCCUGUGCUUUCCGUCUGCCAGCACCUGUCCCAAGGGUUGCACCUGCCAGCGCUCCGAAAGCCCUCCGCACGGCCUCAACGUCACCUGUAGUCUGUCACGCUUGAAGGAGAUCCCGCCCGACGUCCCACCGGAGACCCAGCUGCUGCAACUGGACAGGAACCACAUAUCUCUGGUGCCCGAUCGCAUAUUUCACGGCUUGAGGAUGCUUCGGAGGCUCAACCUAUCCCACAAUGCGGUGGAAACCCUCGGCGAGGGGGCGUUUGUCGGUUUGGAGGGCUCUCUCGAAGUGCUGGACUUGUCCCACAACCGCAUUACUAGCGUGCACAAGGACGCGUUCGCGCGGUUGAAGGCACGUGUGAUGGUGGACAACAACCCUUGGCAUUGCGACUGCGCCCUACAGCAGGCGCUGGGCGGCAUGGCGCACAACCACGAGGCCGCCACGCGCGUGCUGUGCCGUAGUUCAGAGCUGAGAGACCAGGAGGGCCAGCCGUUCCUGGCCGUGGACGCGGACUUGUGCAACCUGGCCAAGCGGACCACCGACUACGCCAUGUUGGUGACCAUGUUUGGCUGGUUCGCAAUGGUUAUCUCUUACGUUGUGUACUAUGUACGGCAGAACCAGGAAGACGCGAGACGACACCUGGAGUACCUAAAAUCGCUUCCCAGCAAGCCCAAGAAGCCGGACGAACCGGAGGACAUCAGCACGGUCGUGUGACGUCGCAAAGAUUGCGUGAUCCCAGAGACUAAAGGCCCGUUCACACCAAGGACGAUAAAGCUUUAAUAAUCUUUCUAAUUCAGUGAAAAUAAUAAAGUGCAGGGCUUGACAUUAACGCAAGCCAACCCGCCAGAUGCAGGUGGAUUUCAGCAGCGGCCUGCAACACGGUCACUCCUACUAGCCGCUUUGGCGGGCUGAAUUUUAUAUUUAGGCUAAUAUAUUAGGGAUGCACCGAUAAGAACAUUUUGGCAGAUAACCGAUAAUUCUUUAUAUUUGAAAGCCGAUAACCGAUAUAUAUAUUGGCCGAUACAUCUAAAUACAAAUUUUUAUAUAAUUUGAGAGCCUGAUUACAAAAACAAAAGUCUCACCAUUAAAAGCCAUGUCCCAAAACACAAUUAUAAUGUUCUCAUAAUGACAGACUUGCGUUGUACAUGUUUUGAAGUGAUUUCAAUUAAAUUUCAAGCUAUUCAGAACCAUCAUUGCGAACAGUGCACAUCUGAAGUGUCUCAGCUGAAGGAAAUAAUCCAUUAUUUAUUGGCUUUAAUAUACUGGCCAAACUUUCUUAUCCAGCCGAUAACGAUAACAUUAAAAAUGAACAUAUAUCAGCCGAUACCGAUAUUGUGGCCAAUAUAUCGUGCAUCCCUAUACUAUAUACAUUUUUUUAAUUGUAGUUUGAAAUAAUAAACUAAAUGCUAUGUAGUGUUGCCAAAAAUAUAGAUUUUUUUUUUAAACGUAUCGAUAUUGAAAUAUCUGUUAUCAUUUUCCGCAGAAUAGAUACACAAUACCAGCUGCGCUUUCUUGCUUUCUGAAACACAAACCGGAUUAAUAUUGCUGGUGUUACAGGGCUUGAAUUUCAGCGUGGGAUUGCGCAUAUUGCGCACAAUUUUACGCUAGAUAGAAGUGUGCGCACAUAAAGCCAACUCUCAGAACUAAAUUGAGGGUUUUUUUUUCGCUGCUUAUUACGCUUAAACAGUCAAAUACACACAAAACAAUGUCAAAAUGCCAGUCUUGGCGUGGAUUCAUGUAAACACAAUCUGUUAUAUUUUAAGUUGACAUAAACAGUUGAGAAAGAAAACGUGUAAAAGUAUAAUGGAUCAAUGCUUCAGAUCUUAAAGUGACAGCAGCCUAAUAUACCUGCUGCCAAAUGAUAAGAUCAUUUUAAAAAUAUCUAUAUGGCAGUUUUUACCCAUGGUAUUGACAACAAAAUUGUGGCCAAUGAAAAUGGCUAUCUUUGGAAAUCCUCUAGCCACAGUGGCUGGUGAGCAAUAAAGUUAAUGUCAAGCCCUGGUGAAGUGACACAAAGUUAUCGUUGGAAUCACUUUCAGAACAUUUUUUCCCCAGUUGAUGAAGGAUAAAUGAGAAUGAGAAUCCAUGUGACUUUAAAGGCCUUGAGCAUUUAACACGACAAAACUGCAGUGUGUGUUAUCGAGCGUUGGUGUGCACGCUAAUAUAGUUAUCGUUCUUCGUGUGAACGGCCCUCAAACCAGGACGUUGAUUAUUUAGACGCGAAUCGUAAAUGUCGUCUAGCGUACUACACCUGUCUUCUCUUUUUCCAAUGUGCUUUCCUGUUUCUGAGUAUGUAUUUAGAACAAUUUGUAAUGACUUCCAACUCUGUGUCCUUACGAGAGAGAGCAACGUCUAGGUGGCAUUAAAACAAUCGUAAAGUUGUCCUUUAAAUGUGGUCCAGUCCCACCUUUAGAGCGAGAACUUGUCUUCAGGCACAUUGACACGAGUAAUUUUCUAUUUUAACUAGUCAGUUGGAGCAGAUCGUCAAUCAUUAAGAGGCGAUAACGAUCAGUACAGGUAUUUUGAGAACUCAAAUCUCAGGUGCAAAUGUUGAUUUGUAAAAACCCUACGAUGUUUUGAUGCUACCAAGUUUUGUAAGACAAAUGAUAAGUCAAAUGUGCACAUUAGCUACAAUCACGAGUCAUUUUAAAACCUUUAAAAACGGCGUGGCGUACCCUUUAUUAGCGAACCUCGGGCUUGACGCGGGACAUUUCUUCCAACGUUCUGAAACUGAUAUUGUGAUCCUGUGCAUUUUUAGGUUUCCGUUUUGUUCGUUGCGUUAAAACUCGUCCACAUUAAAUCGUUGAGUCGUAGAGCACAGCAGUGCUGGUGUGGUGCUUGUCACGUGAUUCUCGGAAAAGUAGUCGAGGAACGUAGUCGAUACCUCCGUUGAGUCUUUUGUCGGUAACGUUACUUGUGAGACUCUUUGUCGAUGUCGUAACUCACUGUGCGUAAAAGAGGCCCGUGUUAGUCAUCGUGUAAUCUACGAGAUGGCCAGUGUGUUUUCAUAAACGUUAGAUUCCAUCCCUGAAACCAAACUUUCGACGUCCAGGAAGUGUAUAGGGACGUCGGCUUCCCCUGGCGCUGUGGCGGUACGGCCGCCGGCACUCGUUAUUGUGUGUGUACAGUAAUUUGGGCCGGUCGUGAGCAGAAAAUUACAGCUGUCACUCUGUUACUGGCCUCAUUCUUACGGCUGACUGGCGAGUCCAGCGAAGCAAAGCCCCGGGGAGAGCUAGAGGAGAGAAAGACAGCGGGAAAUAAGAGGAAAUGGAAAACAGGACGUUGGGAACUGGAGGAAAUCAGGGCCCUUAUGAAACCGUGGUAUAGUAAAUUUCAGAUGGCUUUCAUAUAUCAUUGCAUUCACUUGAUCCAAGGAUACUGUGGUAUUUCCAUGAUUAUCAUAUCCAAAAGUUGUUAAUUCCAUAGUUUAAUGGUAUUAUGAUGGAUGCAACCCUGUACAUUCAAGAUUGGGGAACCAAAUGUAAAGCAUUGAUCACUGGGAAAAAGAAUUGCCAAUCGGAAUAUAUUAGUACCAUCUCCACAAAUCGGAAAUACUACGGUAGUUUUGUGAGUGAAAUGAGUGUUUCUUUAUUGUAAGUAACUUCUUUGUUGUGUAUCCAGUGGAGUUCUCUUUUAACUAAACAUUUUAAACGGUAAUUAAAUUCCAAGGUUGGUGCCGUUAUAACAAUGACGUUUGAUCGUGGCUUCAACAUUGGUUCAUCGGAAACAUUAGGAGAACCUUAGAAGAACAUUAGGAGAACGCUAACCCGACUUCACUGUAGAUAAUGAGCUUGUCGUUUGCGUAGGAAGGUACCUGAAAUCCCUUUAAAGAAUCGUGUUUUGAAUGUACUUAUCUAGUCUUUUGCCUUGUCUAACUGCGGUUGUUCUACACGCUGUAUUGUGCUGGGAAAGAAAGACGUUUCUCAAUGCAGACUCCACAGUGAAGCACGCUGUAGCCAAGGACACGGGGGAGAGAUUUUCUAAGUGCCUGAAAUACUCGUCUAUAAGUCUCUCAUUCUUCCAGCUACCGAUAACUUUGCUUUGAAACGUUUCGUUCGGUCUCGCCUAACUCGAAUCUACUUGCCCUCAAACGGGAUAUGUCUUUACUGCACAAAGAUAUGGGGAAAACUAAUUAGCAAGUGUUAGCAAGUGUUUCAGAGUGGCACUGAUGCGUGAUGUUUUCUUAGGGCCCUUUCACACGAUUCGUGUCACCUCUGUCCUGUCGUGCGAUGCUUUGGCCUCCACAUGAAAAGCGUUGCAGAUUGCAUCGCCGAAGGGCGAUUUUGCAAGGUUGCUAAGUGGCAAAAUAAAUAAUGAUAAUAGAACAGGAAGUCCUGGCAAUUGCUUAGAUGCAUUGGAGAAAUAACUCAAAGACUGCUAUAAAUUUCUCUCUGGAUGUCAUUUCGUCUUUUUCUUUCUAGAUGACGUUCCAGAUGCAGAUAUGCACAUUAGUCUCUCUUCAAUUUUUUUUUGAUUUUCACAUUACAUGCAAUUGUCUGUUCUUUCGAAAGGUCAGUGACAAGUUAAGCAUGUUAAGUUGGACGACCGCAAUGUGGCGCCACAAGCAACACUGUGUCCUAACCAGGUCAACCAUCUUUACCAUGUAAAUGUGAGGUUUUGUCUUAAUCAAACACCAGUUUGCCCCAGAGCUAAAGUAAAAUCUCAUUGGUCCAAAAUCAAGCAUUAAACAUCAAAUAAUUUUGAUUGCAAAGCAUUUUUGCAUUCAUUGAGGCCACAAAAAUUACUUUUUUCAAUACAGGAAAUGUAUUGCACCUGCUCAGGACACGGUGUAGCACUAUAGAUUGAUGUUUCGCCGCAUCGAGUUUUAUGCAUUGGGGAAUCGAACGUGAAUCGUGUGAAAGGGCUUUUCUUGGAAAAAAAUUAGAGGAGAGUAUUUCUUCCUAUGUUAGUUAUGUUUAUUCUUUUUUUCUUUUUUUUUUUUAAGUAAUUUCUUCAUCUUUGUGUACCAUGUUUUGGCUUGGUAUACAUGAAACUGACUUCUGCUCAAAAAAGUGAAGACGUACAACUGGAGGAGGACCAAUGGUACAUCACAUUGUAAACGCAUGAUGUAGAGAAAAUGAAAUAAAAGAUUCAUUCACACUGUA